AUCUUACCCCCGAUUCUGAAAAAGGUUCAAUAGUUUUCUUUCUGGUUGGAAAUACUCAUGGGUUUAAUUCUACAUGGGUUAACCCUACUUCUAACUUCUUAAUCCCCCAAAAUCUCCCUGUGUGAGUACAUAUGGAAGAUUUUGAAAGAUUUGGGCUGUAUAACAAGAACCCAUGACACACAUUUAAAAAUAUAAACAUAACAAUUCUUACAAGGGACAUAUACAUUACCAGUAAAACUCCAUUAAUGCCAGACUAAUUUACAAGUAAUUAUGUAACAAGUAAUUUUUUCUUAUUUGUGUUUAAAUAGGAAUUAACUGCCAGUACUUUCAAGGAAUAAGAGUCUAAUGAAUUUCCAUGGUUAAUGGCCUUCAAGCCGUGUUCACACUGGACUUUUUUCGGUCAGUUUUACCGAGUCGAUGGUCAAAUAAAAAAAUGGUCAAAUGUGACCACUGUCCACACUUGGACUUCCGACACUGGAAAAUUUUACCAAGCUGGCAAUGCAAUGAGGGCAUUUUACGUGACCUUUCUGCAUUUAUUUUCGUACUUAGACACAACGUUUCUGACCUCAUUAUCAUCUCUAAAUGGUGCACUCUUAACACCAGCUGAUCUUCCAACAGUGUCAAUAACAAUUUCUAUUAUGAUUGUCACCAAAAGAGGAAAAAAAUUAACAGGAAGUAUUCGCCACAGGCCAUACCGCGAUGAAACGUGCAACGCACAUGCGUAGUUUCCCUGUAUGCAGCAUGCCGUUGUGCUAGGGCCGGAUGUACACUCCAUCGGCCACUUUCACAUGCUUUUACUCACAUUGUCUGCACUGGACUUUUGGUCUCAGGAAAAGUGUCUCAGUAAUUUUUCCUGGGAAGAAGUUGGCCAGUAGAAAUGACCAUGCGGCUCAGUAAAAGUAAGAGAGAGGAAGAUUUCCUUGGAUGUCCCCCAUUGCACUUAAAAUGGAAAUUAAAAGUAACCACUGUCUUGGUAAGUUUGACCCCAAAAAGUCCAAAGCGAAGUGGAAGUCUAAAAACUGUCUCGUGAAGUGGUGAUGAAUAUUUAUAUUUUUUGGUCGAUUUUUAUAUAAACAAUGAGCAGAUAAGCCUAAAUUUUUUGAGUUUGGAAUAACUACAUGUAAGUUGAUGCAUUAAGGUCCUUACAUGUAGUUGGAACAAAUAUGUAAUUCUCAACACUUUACAUUUAUAAAAGGAUAAAAAAUGCUGCUGAAUUAAUUAACUGUAAAUACCUUUUUGAAGUAAGAAUUCUAUUUAUCAGACCAGUUCCAAAGUGGCCCAUGCAAUUAUUUCCUGUGUUAAGUAGGGUAAUGCUAACAUACAUGUUCUGGUAUUAUGUUAAGUCAUAAAAAUAUCAGAUUGAAGAUUUACAAAUUGUUUCAAUCGUUCUUGAUAUCACAGAAGUUACAUGUACAUGUAGGUAAUUUUACACGUAGGUAAUGUGUGUUGGAUUCAUGCUUGAUUAAAGGACCAUUCAAAAUUUUUGAUGCUUUUAAAUUAGAUUUUUUUUAAAUCGUUCUGACUCACCCAUCCCCAUUUUCAAUUUAAAAAAACUGGUUUUGUUCAUUCAAUGUUAUAUAGCAUGCAUCGUAGUGAAUAUGUUGAAUGCCACGCAGCAUGUACAAAUUCUUAUUACAGCACAUCCUGGUAUAAUGCUCUCGGUAUAAAAGCUCCUUUUUCCGCAUCCGUGGCUGUUAUUCCAUUGAUUGUGUACAAUGUACAUUUAUUUUUUGUCACAACGCUCUCGUUUUGCUUCACUCUGAAGUCCCAGAUAGAAAAAUGUAAAAUACUGACAUGAUUUUACACAGCGGCGCAUUACCUGAAAUGGGUUGCCUUAUCUACUCAAACAUAUAUUGAAAAAUUCAUCCAAUUUUAGAUGACAUCGUACAUGUACAUGUGUUUGCCGUCAGAUUAUGCUGUACGGUGCAGAUACCUGUGUAUUGGUUUUACAUGAUUACAUUGGUUUUAGCAUUCUCAGCUAAUGCUCCAAAUAAGGGCUUCCACAGCUAUGGCAAGGUCUGUUGUAAGGACUUCUCAACGUAUUCCAACAGAGUGAAGACCUAGACCUAUAGGCAGUUCUAGAUAACAGAUUUGGAUGCAGCCAACAAGUUUUAAGAAAACCCACCUUCACCCAUGGAGUUUCACACCAUACACGAUACACAGGUCAGUCUAUCCGUAACUCAGAACGAAAUUGCAAAAGAAUGCAGAAUGCUGGCAUGGCACAUGUAGUUCACUAAAGUCGAUCUCUUUUCUUUCUUUUUUCAAUGCGAAAUGAAUUUCAAUUUUCAGUUGUUUACCUUGAUCCACCCACCCAAUCAUGAAAAAAAUUGAAAUUAAAUAUUAUCAAAAAUUAUGAAUGGCCCCUAAUAUACAUGUACAUGUAGGUAAUGUGUGCAUGGAUCCAUGCUUGACCACCGACUAUUGACAAGCAUUUCAACAACUUCGCUGGCCUUACUUUGAGGCAACAAUCAAUAACUUGACAUCAGUCACAAUGACUGUGACAAGCACUGUAAUUGUGUCAUAAAAUUUUCAAAAAGGAAGAAUUGGUGUGGAAGUAAUGAAGAUAAAUUACGACCCAAAUCUCUCAACCAAAAGCUAAUUGCAAAGCACCAAUUACAAUUUCUGCUCAGAGCCGGCCACUGAGGGACAGCCAAUCACACUUCUGGAGAGUGCUGUCUUGUAUUUCUGGCAAUCUUGUUUCACUACGCUGCUGAUGAUCGGCAACUGAAGUGAUUUCCAGCUGAAAGGAAAUAACAGCCUCACUCCAUGCAAGGGGGAUUUCAGCAGGCUCCAGGCAUUUCUUUUUCUGUACAGCCAAUUUGGAAACCACAGAAACCAAAUCUAGAAAGACAAAAGCAGUGGAUGCUUUGCAGAUAUCCUGGAUAGGUGUUUUAGUUGAUUUUAAUUUGCAUCCAAGAUGGCUUGCUAUUUCUCGGAUUUUGAAGUAUUGCUUUUUGUCCUCGUGGCAACAUUCUUUUGCACUGCUGUUCCUGCUUCUGGUGUUGGACAGUGCAGUCAGCAAAGUCAAACAUUAUACGGCGCAGCAAAUCGAGCCUUAGAAAACUGUGAUUACAUGAAACAAACAGUUCCCUCCCAAACCAUUUGUGGAAAGGAGUGUAUGAUGGAUAAGAACUGCAGGUCCAUCAACUUCAACAAACUGGACAAACUGUGCACACUUAACAACUCCUCAAGAUUACAGUAUCCUGAAAGACUCCUCGAAAAACAAGGGAAUGUGUACUUUGACAAAGAUAAGAAUACACAUCAAUUUUCGAUGUCUGAUGACAAUUCCCCAGCACUUUCCCAAAAUACCUCAGCAUCUGUGAAAAAAUCCACCGCACCCGCCGGAAGUUGUAAGCAGCUCUUGGAGGCAGGUAACCAUAACAGCGGUGUCUACACCAUCCACCCAGCCAGGAUAAGCCCUGGUCUGGAAGUCUACUGUGACAUGGAAACUGACAGAGGAGGAUGGAUUGUCUUUCAGAGACGACAAAAUGGCAGUGAGAACUUCCACCGCACGUGGAGCGAGUACAGGUCUGGCUUUGGUGAUCUGUCAGGCGAAUUUUGGCUAGGCAACAACUUGGUCAGUUUGAUCCUCAACCGUUCAUCACAAUACAAGUGGGACCUGCGUGUUGACAUACUAGCUUGGGAUGGGGUCGAAGCCUGGGCCAAGUACAAGGAUUUCAAGAUUUCAAGUGAGGAAAACUUGUUCAGUCUGCAUUAUGCCUAUUAUGAUAACAACAGUACUGCUGGUGAUGCUCUUUUUCUUCACAAAGAUGAGCAUUUUACAACAUACGAAGUAUCGUGGGAAGGAACUGCCCUUGUGGCUCAUUUCAAGGGGGCGUGGUGGAUCAGAAAUGGACUGAUGUCCAACUUAAACAGUGAGUAUUACCCGUAUCCUGGAGAAAUGGGGCUGAAAUGGAACACAUUCCGCGGUAAGUAUUAUUCUUUCAGAAGUUGCAGCAUGAAAAUACGAGAAAUGUGACGUGGGCAAAAUGACUCAAAUACCAAAGUGGGAAUCAAAAAGUGAAGAUCGUAUAUCUUGAAACAAACCAGAACAAACCAUGGCCAUGAGGCCGUAACUAAUGGGGCGAUUACAUGCUGGGGGGUAUAAGUUACUCAAGUGUCGUUAUGACUUCAUUACGUUGAAGUGAACAUUUCAAAAGAUGAGAAGCUGAAAAACUCUUAAUGGAGAGAGUGUAAAUUUAAUGAAAUAACUUUUGAACGAGUGUCCCCACAUGCCUACGACAGAGAAAAAGAAUAAAAAUGGACCUUAUAGGAACACAGCGAAUGAAUCACAGAAACAGAAAGUGAAAGAAAUACGUCUUAGUGUAUAAUUCAGCUUUCAAAAUCGGCUUUAUUUGGUAGUCUUAAUGCCUUGUCAUUGACGGCUGUCACCUUCUUUUCUGUAUUCUCAGUUUGGGCGAAGAAAAUGACUGUAACCAUGAAUUAGUGGAAAUGUUUGUGCUACUAAAUGUCAAUUAAACUAAGAACUGGUGACUAGCAAUAAAUUUUUCUCGUAGUGAGAAGGUAAAUAUUGGAUCAGUUUAAACUCCUCUUAGAUGUUAAAAUGUAACAUACAUGUAAUUGAGAGUAGGUGUUUUGAUAACUGCAUGUCUUUUAUUACAGCACAGUUGUGUGUUUUCUUGGGAUUGGAUUUAGUACCAAUUAAUGUCUUUUUGCAUUUAUAUUCUGUAGCACAUUUCGGGCUAAAUCUUUAGUGAAAAAUUUUGUCAUGAAUGCUGAUGAUUGAUAAAUGCUGUACAUAAUGGCUUGCUAACAAAUACGACACGACGUCUAUAGUUGUCGCACAUUCAUCAUUUCAUUCUGUUGAGCAGUACGCUGCCAUUGUUCAAUUUACUGCCACCACUAAUCAAUAUUAUUACAAAACUUAUGAGAAACUGUGUUUUGAAAUGUAAAAAUUUAGAGUUUAUCUCAUGUUAUGAAUCCUUAGCACUACGGGUACAUGUCUCUGAACUUUUGCGAAUACGACAGUGAUCAUUUAAAGUGAACUUCACUUUUAUAGGCUUGACAAAAAUUUCAUUUUUUCCCCUGUAUUUUCAAUUUGAGGAGGCAUUUCAGGUAGAGGAAAUCUAAGUGGCAUUUCAAAAGUACUGUUUCACUGUGCAGUUAAUUUCAAAUUUUAAAAAUGCUUGAAAGUGCACCUAUAUGUACAUAUAAAGUAGAACAUAUAUCACUGUAAUAGGCAAUGUAAUUUUUGUCAAACAUCCGUGUAUGUAACAAACUUUGAAGUGUUAAGCAACGCUCUAGGAUUUUUCCAAAUUGCCGCUUUAUUUUUGCUUCAUCCUCAGAAGAUUUUAGUGUUUCUGACUUCGAGGCAUUAGGAAAUAUCAACUCAAUAAACAUCGAGGCAGGAGUUUCAAAAAUUUUCCUUUGAAUUUGAAGAC